GUUAAUGAAGUCGAUGCCUUUGUGGCAAAGGAAAAUAAAUGAUCAGUCACGACGACUGUCGGUGCGCACGAGAACGAUCUCUAAACGGCAGGAUUUAUUUGACCGGGUCUGAGCGUGUGAGCGCACAUCCAUCCAUGUUUUCCCUGCAUCACUCGCAGUCCUGCAUCAUAUGUCCUGUUUCCAGUGACGGCAGGCCUUUGUUAGAAUAUGGACUGAUAGAAUCUGGAGUCACAACAAUGACAUGUACAUGCAAAAGCAGGUAUUUAUGAACAGACAUUUCUUAUAUAACUGCAGUGCUCCAGUCCUGGAUGUGAAGAUUGCCUUUUGUCAGGGGUUUGGUAAACAAGUUGAUGUUUCUUACAUCGCCCAGCAUUACAACAUGAGCAAAAGCAAAGUGGACAACCAGUUCUACAGUGUGGAAGUAGGAGAUUCCACCUUCACGGUUCUCAAACGGUACCAAAAUCUAAAGCCCAUCGGUUCUGGGGCUCAGGGAAUAGUGUGUGCUGGAUAUGACGCCGUCUUGGACAGAAAUGUGGCCAUUAAGAAACUCAGCAGACCUUUUCAGAACCAGACUCAUGCCAAGAGAGCAUACAGGGAGCUGGUGCUUAUGAAAUGUGUCAAUCACAAAAACAUCAUCAGCUUAUUAAAUGUCUUCACACCACAGAAGUCUUUAGAGGAAUUCCAAGAUGUUUACCUGGUCAUGGAGUUGAUGGAUGCAAACCUUUGCCAGGUGAUUCAGAUGGAGCUGGACCACGAGAGGAUGUCCUACCUGCUGUACCAGAUGUUGUGUGGAAUCAAACACCUGCACUCAGCCGGCAUCAUCCACAGGGAUCUGAAACCUAGCAAUAUUGUGGUGAAAUCCGACUGUACGCUGAAGAUCUUGGACUUUGGGUUGGCGAGAACUGCUGGCACUAGCUUUAUGAUGACACCCUACGUGGUGACGCGGUACUACAGGGCCCCGGAGGUCAUCCUGGGCAUGGGAUACAAGGAGAACGUGGAUAUUUGGUCAGUUGGUUGCAUCAUGGGUGAAAUGGUGCGCCACAAAAUCCUAUUCCCCGGCAGGGAUUACAUUGACCAAUGGAAUAAGGUUAUAGAGCAGCUCGGCACGCCCUCUCCUGAGUUCAUGAAGAAACUGCAGCCGACGGUGCGUAACUACGUGGAGAACAGACCAAAAUACGCCGGCCUGACCUUCCCCAAACUCUUCCCUGAUUGCCUCUUCCCUGCAGACUCGGAGCACAACAAACUCAAAGCUAGUCAGGCCAGAGACCUGCUGUCUAAGAUGUUGAUCAUUGAUCCCGCUAAGCGGAUCUCAGUGGACGAGGCCCUGCAGCACCCCUACAUCAACGUGUGGUACGACCCGACCGAGGUGGAGGCAGCCAGGAAUCAGCAGAUAUCUAUGAUUGAUGAAUGGAAAGAGCUCAUCUAUAAAGAGGUGAUGAACUUCGAGGAGAGAACAAAGAAUGGUGUGGUGAAGGGACAGCCCUCUCCCUCAGGUGCAGCCGUGAACAGCAGCGACAGCCUCCCCCCCUCCUCCUCUGUCAACGACAUCUCCUCCAUGUCCACCGACCAGACCUUGGCCUCUGAUACCGACAGCAGCCUGGAGACCUCCACCGGACCACUGGGGUGCUGCAGGUGACUAACCGCCUGCCUGCGCAACCCCAUGUUCUUCAGAAGGUGAACAGCACCCGCGAACCCGAAUGAGAAAUCCACAAACCUCUAAAACAUGAAAUAAAAAAAUGAGUUAAUAUAUAUACGUAUAAAAUAAUGUAUCACGCGCAAAUGACAACAAAGUGUGCAUUUUAAUUCAAAGAAACGUCUGAAUAUGUAUAUUUAUGAAUCUUCACUAGUUGCUUUGCUUUGAAUCCCCCUCAUAUGGCAUCCAAAAAAAAUAAGGAGACUUUAAAAAAAAAAAAAAGGAAUACAUUUGGGCAUCUAUGUAAAGUGUAUAUUGACUGGCUGAUAUCUAAUACCUAGCGAUUUUAUGUGCGUCUCUUGAUGUGGCAGGGUGGGCUUUUAUUUUAAUGAGCACUGAUCAACCCUUGUUUUCUGUGAUGGUUUUUUGCUUGUGCGAAUGUUUUUGGAUGGGCCGGUGUGUCUGUGUGCGAUUUCUCCUAUAGGGUCAAAUAACAUGUACAAUGGCGCCCCCUAUCUUUUGUAUAUAUGUAAUUGUGUACAGUUGUGAGGCGUUUUCAGAGUGGGACUGACGGCCAGUAGAGGGAGUAUUUGCACACCUUGCCACAUCACAGAUAAUCACCCGUUUCCCUUUGCCUGUAGUCUUGCAUGGUCAGAGAAAAAAAAGUAAUUAAGCUAAUUAUACAUAUACAAAUAUAGAGAACCGUGUUUAUAUAACAUUUAAGGGUGAAAGUGGGCGUUUCAGACGCUCGACAGGAAGUGAGGCUGCUUAACAGGAAGCCAUUGAGGGGUACAAGCACUGUCUCUGUCAUUUUCCGACUUUCAGUAGCCCUGCUUUUUGUGUUUGUGAAACUCCGACUCUCUGCGACAGCCUUGCAUGCUGUGCCGUCACCCUUGAAAGGUGUGUGUAACUAAGACGAAUGCAGGUCGAGCGCAUGCACCUCAUCUUCACCUUUUGUUCCUCGCAAACUAAAUCUCAUCUCGGAACUCAUAUUUGUGUGCUGUCCGAAGGGAAUCAAUGUGCGUACUACCUAAAUUUAAGCUGGAGUUUAUUUAUUAAACCUAUUUAUUGUCAGAUCUGGGAAGUGCCUUUGAAAUAAUGCAGUUUCCUCCUUGAAAACAUGAAUAUAGUAACGCGACGACUCUGAUAGAGGUGUUCCAGGUUGUGUCGGAUGUGUCAGGUCUGUUUACCCAAUCCCACAAUCCCCUAUUCAUGUAGAUUUACUAGUGUAGAGAUCCGGCUUUUAGAUCCAAGUGUUUGUCAAAUAUGUUUUGGAGCCACUGUUGCGAUGUAACCCCCCUCUUCACAUUUAAUUGUUACAUUUUUAAAAAGACAAGUAAUGUAGUCUUUCAAACACACAUGGCUGAUGUUUUUAGUAUUAGGUAAAGAUUCGCUUCAUUGAAUAAACAGUAUGCAGCAUACAGUAAAUUGAAAAGAUAUAAUAUUUAAGUUGUACGGUUUUGUUUUGUACCUGUAUUUGUCCGAUUUAAUCCGUGUACUAAACAUUUUAAUAAAGGGAUGAAAUACA